AUGGCGCUUCUCGGGCGCAGCCUUUCCCGGCUCCAGACCCUCGCAAAAAGGGCUGAUGAGGAGGGGCCUGCUCCGACGGGCCUUUCUGGCUUCGUCUCGACUCUUAUACCGACUCUCAUUGUUGCCGUUGUGAUGGUGGUCGCCUUCAUUAUUCUCCGUCGCAAGUACGCUCGUUACUACGUUCCUCGCACGUUCAUGGCUACUCUGCGCGAGUAUGAGCGCACUCCAGCCUCUCCCACUGGCCUGAUGAACUGGAUCACCUCCAUGUACAAGAUACCGGAUACCUACGUUUUGCAGCACCACUCCCUGGACGCAUACUUGUUCCUCCGCUAUCUGAAGCUGAUCACUGUACUCUGUUUUGUGGGAUGCUGCAUCACCUGGCCCAUUCUCUUCCCCGUCAAUGCCACUGGAGGGAAUGGCCUAACACAAUUUCAAUUGCUUACUAUGUCCAACGUUGCCAACAAGGCGAGAUUCUUUGCCCAUGCUAUCGUCGCAUGGAUUUUCUUAGGCUUUGUCUGGUUCCUCGUGACCCGCGAAAGCAUCUACUAUAUCAACUUGCGUCAGGCCUACGCUUUCUCCCCGGCCUAUGCCGCCCGCAUGUCAUCACGCACCGUUAUGUUCACGUCCGUUCCCAAGGAUUACCUCGAAGAAAAGAAGCUUCGUCGUAUGUUUGGCGUUGAGCAUGUCAAAAACGUCUGGGUCGCCACUGAUGUCAGCGAGUUGGAAGAAAAAGUCAAGGACAGAGAUGCUGCUGCAAUGAAGCUCGAAGGCGCUGAGACUGCCCUGAUCAAAAAGGCGAAUGCUGCCCGCCUCAAGGCGUUGAAAAAGAAUGGCGAUGCUUCCGAGGAGCACUUGGAUCUGCCUACCGGAGACGCCGACGCCGCUGAAUCUGGUUCCGUCGCGUCGCGAUGGGUGCAGACCAAAGAUCGCCCAACUCACCGUUUGAAACUUUUGAUCGGGAAAAAGGUCGAUACUAUUGAUUGGGCCCGUUCCGAGAUUGAACGUUUGACCCCGGAGAUUGAAGAACUACAGGCCAAGCACCGUGCCGGUGAUGUCAAAAAGGUUUCGUCUGUCUUUGUCGAGUUCUUCAACCAGAACAGUGCCCAAGCCGCCUAUCAAUCCGUUGCACACAACAUGCCUCUCCACAUGUCUCCUCGCUACAUUGGUGUUGACCCGACCCAAAUUAUCUGGUCCAAUCUUCGAAUCGUGUGGUGGGAGCGCAUCGUGCGCAACUUUGCUACCAUUGGAUUCAUUUGCGCUCUGAUCAUCUUCUGGGCUAUUCCUGUUGCCGUUGUUGGUGCCAUUUCCAACAUUGACGGUCUCAUUGCGAAAUUCCCGUGGCUUAGCUUCAUAAACAGUGUUCCAACGUUCAUCCGUGGUGUUAUCACUGGACUACUGCCGUCUGUUCUUAUGGCCGUUCUCAUGGCACUCUUGCCCAUCAUCAUCCGAUUGUGUGCCAAACUUGGCGGUGCUCCCACGGCUGCGGCCGUUGAACUCUGGACUCAGAAUGCUUAUUUUGGUUUCCAGGUCGUUCAAGUCUUCUUGGUCACGACUUUGGGCUCUGCCGCUGCUUCUUCCGUGCAGGCGAUUAUCUCGUCGCCCACAGAAGCACCAAAUCUGCUGGCCGAGAAGUUGCCUGAUGCCUCCAACUUCUAUAUUUCAUAUAUUGUUCUCCAAGGGUUGACCUUCACGGCAGGUGCAUUGCUCGGCAUUGCUGGCCUCGUCAUCGGCAAGGUUCUUGGUAAAUUCCUGGACUCGUCGCCACGUAAAAUCUACAACCGAUGGGCAAAUCUGGCUGGCCUGAGCUGGGGAACCAUGCUCCCCCCCUUGUCUCUUCUCGCCGUUAUUGCCAUUGCAUACUCGAUCAUUGCUCCUUUGGUUAUGGGCUUUGCUACCAUUGCCCUGUACUUGUUCUAUUUUGCCUUCCGGUACAGCUUCCUUUACGUAUCCAAUUCGCAGAUUGACACUCAGGGCAAGAUUUACCCUCGUGCCCUUCAGCACCUACUCGUUGGAUGCUACUUGGCGAACGUUUGUUUGAUUGGAUUGUUCGCUAUUGCCGCGGCUGAUCAGCCAGUCGGCACCGGACCUCUGGUUCUGAUGAUUAUCUUCCUGGUGUUCUCCAUCCUCUACCACGUCUCUCUCAACUCGGCACUUGAGCCCCUCAUCAACUACCUGCCAAAGAACUUGGAGGCUGAAGAAGAGGCCUUGCUCACAGAGAGUCGCAAGUUUGGCCACACCGCAACCGAUAGCUCUGAUAUCGCCGGUGCCUCGGCUGUCCACAACGGUGACAACAACGGUGUCGAUGCUGAAAAGGGCAUUGACGGCCCAGCCACCCUACCUGCUGAGCAGAAAAAGCCCAACUUCCUCACCAAAUUUCUCCGCCCGGACAAAUACACCGACUAUGCGGCUAUGCGUAAGCUCGUGCCCACCCAUCUCGAGAUCCCCGAAUAUGCUCCCGAGGUUGAGCGCGAUGCCUACUUUCAUCCUUCCAUCACUUCGUCGCUGCCCUUGCUCUGGAUUCCGCGCGACGAUCUCGGCAUCAGCAAGCAAGAGGUCGCGCACACCUCUCGUGUCAUUCCGAUCACUGACGAGGACGCCUGGGUUGAUGAAAAGGGCAACCUGCAAUGGAACGAGGAGAAGGCCAUCCCUCCUAUCUACGAAGAGAAGAUCUACUACUAA